UUAGUUAGAACGUUAGUUUCUCUGAGUUGUUCUAAUGGUAUCCGUACUAGUGAUUGUAUUCUGCCGAAUUGGACCCUUCUGGUGUCAACCAUUUCCAAGAACUACAGCGUGUUUGCGUAAUUUGACCCAGUGACCAAUUUGUUUUCAUUUGGGCCAGAGGACCAUUUGGACAUUAUCCCACUUCGGUCUACUCUACGAGAUAGCACGGUCUAAAUGCGUCGUAAACUUUCUGUUAUCUAUUACUGACGUCAUUACGCCGAUUACGGUGCCUUAAAAUGGGCAUCGCGUACCUAUUCCGAUCCAUCCGCAAUGUUCAGGCCGGCAAAGUAUUGUGAAAAUAGGUCGCUGACCGACGAGGAUUUUAGGUUCGCGAUCGACAACUACUGGAAGUACAUGAAGCUGAGGCAGUACUGCGAUGUCCUGGAGAUCGGUUGCGGACCGGGGAAAUCCGCCAGCGAGUGCGUGCUGCCGCUGUUGCCGAAGACGUGCCAAAUCUACGUCGGCGUCGACAAGUCGCCCCAGAUGGUCGAAUACGCCAACGCAAAUUACAGCGCCGAUCCCAGGCUCCGAUUCGACUUGAUGGACAUCACCACGGACCAGCCUCCGCGACACUUCCUGAACGCCUUCGACCACAUCGUGUCGUUCAACUGCUUUCACUUUGUCACCGACCAUCGAAAGGCACUGGAAAACGUGUACCUCAUGACCAAGCCAGGCGGAAACAUCUUCAUUUCGUUCCCGGCCAAAAACGCAAUCUUCGAUGUUUACGUGGCGAUGGCCCGGGAAGAGAAGUGGGCACCGUACCUGGGUAGAUGCAGGCAAAUGCUGACACCGACCCAGUUUUGUGAAGACCCACAAGCCGAUUUUAGCGAUACGUUAAAAGAGGUCGGAUUUUCCAGUGACCUUUGCUUAGUGACUGAGAGAACGUACACGGUCUCUAAGGCAAUGCUGUUGGGUUUCAUAGAAGCGGUUUGCACCUUUACUAUCCCGGAAAACCUCCUGAAGGAAUUCUGCCAAGACCAUUAUAGGCGAAUGAAAAAGCAAUACAGCGUGUGGCAGAACGACCAAGGAGAAGUGUACCUAAGCUUUCCGUUUAUCUUCCUUGUGGCACACGCGGCGAAAGUAUGACAAUGGAAUCAUUUUGCGAUGAUGAGUCAUGUAGCAGCCUUUAGAGGUAAUUAUGGAUGCCCUAAAUGAACGGCAAUGGAUACGCGUCCUUGAUUAUUUAUUCUAAUAAAAUGAGAUUUUCUAGUAUUA